GCUGAGCAAUCCGGGUAUUUUGUUGAGUGUCCCGGAGUUAUGAAAAUCAUUCGAUGAUGUUUUAGUGCUAGUCGAUGGACUUCAACCAUCUGUCCGACGAGCUUCUGCUUCAUGUAUUUGUUUACUUAGACCAGUGUAAUCUGUUGCGAAUAGCUCGCGUAUGUCGUCGAUGGAUGAGAAUUUGUUACGACGCUCAGUUUUGGAUGCACAUUGAUUUCUUUGCGACGUUUCCACAUUGUGAUAUCAAUUUAGCACUACAGCAUCUAGCGACGAGACUAGACGCAGCACGCGUUCGUUCUCUCGAUUUGACACGCUGCAGUGUCUCUCUUCACGGUGUAGACGUGAUCAUGCAACGGUUUUGUAAUAUCGACGAGCUCUCAUUGUCUUGGUGCAAGAACAGGUUGGCAGACGAAAGGCAAGGCGUUGUGUGGACUGUCCAAUAUCUGACGACUCUGGUGCUGGCCGGUUGCACGUAUCUGAGGGAUGAAGAUGCUGUAGUUAUUGCAACAUGCUGCAGACAGUUGAGACAUCUUGAUUUGUCAUACUGUGAUCAGAAACUGACAGACGGAGGUGUAAUCUAUUUUGCUGAGAAUUGUCACCAUCUUGAGUAUCUCAGUCUCAAUUCUUGCACUCGGUUGACUGGCAGCGGUGUUAGUGCGUUUGGUGCCUCUUGCUCAAAGUUACAAUAUUUCAAUGUGAAUUCUAUUGAAAGACUAACUGAUCAGUCACUUGUAGAAGUUGUUAGUCAAAAUCCAAAUUUGGAGAGUCUGCAUUUGGAUUUUACUGAGCAUGUUAGCGAUGUUAGCAUUGUGGCCAUUGCUAAUUCAUGUAAUAAGAUGAAGGAUCUGCAUUUGUUCCUCUGCUUUGAUAUAUCUGAUGCGGGACUUGAAGCACUUGCUCAUGGAUGUAGAGAUCUACAGUAUAUUGGACUUUUUGGGUCAGAUGGCGUGACUGAUAGUGGUGUGCAAAGCAUUGCAAAUGGAUGCCGGCAUUUAGACCAUUUGGAAAUCUCAGCAAAUCGGUCUAUUAGUGAUGAUGCUCUCAUUUGUGUGUCACAGUGUUUGCCACAUGUGAAGCAUCUUCGAUUUCGUCAGUGCAAUAAGAUCACACACAGGGGAGUGUUGAAAAUAUUGGAGCACUGCACUAAACUGCUAACGCUCCUUUUACAGGAAUGCCCGUCAAUUGGUAAAGGAAUGAACCCUAGGGUGGACUAUGAUAUCUUUAAUACCGAUAAUUACAAAAAACUACCGUCCAGUUUAGCUAUGCUGGAUCUCAGCAUAUGUCAAAGUCUUAGCGACAGGUGUUUGUGGCUCAUUUCUCGUUUAUGUCCAUCUCUUCAAGAAUUGGAUGUGAGUAUAUGUGGUUUGUUGACGGAUAGUGCUGUUCUAGGUAUAUCUCAGCAUUGCUGUGAGUUGGUCAGCCUCAAGCUUCACUGGUGUGUUCUUCUAACUGAUGAAAGUCUUGAUCAUGUUGCUCGCUGUAGCAAACUAAGGCGAUUGACAGUUGGAUGUUGUGAUGAAAUUACAGAUGCAGCUGUUGAUCGCCUUAGACGGCGUCUCUCUGCGUGUACAAUAUCUGGCAUGAGACGUUCAAACUCUGAUAGACCGUGAACUAAUUUUGACUAUUAG